AGUUGGAUGUCGCAUAAUAACACACCAAAAAAAGGCAUGCUUAGGAGUGCUCAAGAGUUCACAGAGGAACUCGAACAGAUGAUCAGCCUAGCUGACGGUGGAUGGAUCAGGCUUUCCCCACCUAUACACCACGAAAGACAUGUUGCUAGCCAUUUCGGUUCACUAACAAGUAGACGGCUGGCAGGCGGUGGGACAGCACACUGUCGUAAGGAGCGACAAUUCAGAUCGAAACCAACCGCUCACCACACAAGUCGCGGGUACUAGGUGUACGCGAGGGCAACCAGCGUGGCAAGACGUUCAUUGGUCCGGAUCUCCAAGGUCUGGUGGACCACUUCUUCGGGAGUGAGAGAGACCUUGGUGCAUCAGUAGCGGGAACGAAGAGUUGAAGGUGGGCCACUGUGCCUCGGGACCUGGCAGGAAGCAGCACGAGAGGAGAAAAGAAAAUGGAGAGCGGAACAACGUGACGAGCUGGAGCUCGCCGACGCGAAGACAGGGGCGUGGGGGCCAGCCACUGUGUUCAGCCAUGAAGGCAGAGGACGUUUGGUCUGUCUGGAAGACAGGGAGGACGUGCCCGGUGACGGGCGGGGCCUGCCGCGAGGGCAGGACGAUGGAGAGUGCCGCGUGGCGGCGAGAUGGGUUGAGAUGGUAGAGAGAGAAGCCGCGUACCCCGUAUUGCCCGAGUUACCAGCUCGGGGCUUGAAUGAUGGUGACAACCAGUUUCCGAGGCCAUCACAUCGCCAUGCUGAUUGGGCGACGGGAUGCCGCUGCACCCGAGUCCUGAGGAGCAGCGGUGGUUGACACCCAAUUCUAUGACGACCCCAAAAAUCACCACAAAAAAGAAGACUUCAUCUCAGAUGACACCCAGAGGAUUGGCCUUUGGUCUGCUACUUUUGCUGCUCGGCGUGACUUGUCACGUUCAGGUGGCACAAGCAGCCGUUGCAUGUGGCACUGGCGCCGUGUGCACUUGCUCGUUAAAUUCUGUCACUUGCGCACCUAGCACACCUCUCACUGCCAUUCCGAGCGGAAUCCCAGCGACCACAACGUACCUGCAAAUGUACAACAACCAGAUCAGCACCAUUUCUGCAAACGCAUUCACUGGCUUGACAGCGUUAACCACUCUGUUUCUGUCCGGCAACCAGAUCAUCAACAUUGCUCCAAAUGCAUUCGCAGGUCUGACUGCGCUGAAGUCCUUCUCUCUGGCCAACAACCUGAUCACCAGCCUUCCCGCGGCUGCAUUCGCAGGCCUAACUGCGCUGAAAGAUAUGUCUCUGACCGGCAACCAGAUCACCAGCAUUCCCGCGAGCUUGUUCACAGGCAUGAGUGCGUUGACGUCCCUAAAUUUGUAUCAGAAUCAGAUCACCAGCCUUUCUGCAAACGCAUUCGCUGGCCUGGCUGCACUGACGACAUUGGGUCUGUUCACCAAUCAAAUCUCCAGUAUGUCCGCAGACGCAUUCGCUGGUCUGCCUGCACUGAAACUCUUGUUUCUGUCCAGCAACAAAAUCACCAGCAUUCCCGCUUCUGCAUUUACCAGCCUAACUGCCCUGACUAGCUUGCAGCUGCACAAGAAUCAGAUGAUCAGCAUGUCCGCAAACACAUUCACAGGUCUCACUGCACUCACUACAUUGACUUUGGGUGACAAUCCCUUUACGACUUUGCCACCCGGUCUGUUUAAGGGCUUGCCAAAUGGAUUGAAAUUGUCGGAGUCUGGAACCGUGUAUCUGAUCCCCAACAACUUUACGUUUGAUGGAAACACUGCCGUUCCGCCCAGUACAUACGGCUCUUUAUCACUUCCAUCCAAGUGUGAUACGGCUUGCGCCACCUGCUAUGACGCUGGGUCCAGUGCGUGUUGCCCGAUCAAUUGUCUGAUUUGCACAUCAUCCACUGUGUGCACUCAGUGCUAUGAUGGUUAUGGCAUGAUGAGUGGAUCAUGCGUUCCGCUCGCUUCCAUCGCUUCUGCUUCCGUCGCUUCCAUUGCUUCCGUCGCGUCCACACAGUCCGCCUCGGCUGCCUCAGCUGCCUCUGAUGUAUCCGCAACCACGGCAUCCUUUGCUUCCCUCGCGACGGCAUCCUCAGCAUCAAUUGCAUCGCAGGCGUCCGCAUCUGCUGCUUCUGCAUCUGCCGCUUCUGGUGUUUUUGCUACCUCGGCCUCUGAUGCUUCACUUGCUGCGGCAUCUUCAGCUUCUAUUGCAACCGCUGCGAGCGCGUCAUCUGCAUCUGUUGCUUCAGUCGCUUCAGAUGUUUCCGCUACCUCGGCAUCUGAUGCUUCACUCGCUGUGGCAUCUUCAGCGUCAAUUGCAUCUGCUGCCAGCGCGUCAUCUGCAUCUGUUGCUUCAGACGUUUCCGCCACUUUGGCGUCCUUUGCUUCACUCGCAACUGCGUCGUCAGCGUCAAUUGCCUCACAGGCCUCUGCAUCAGCCGCCAGUGCUUCCUCUGCGUGGCAGACCUCUGUUGCAUCUGCUGCAUCCGUUGCAUCUGCCGCAUCCGCUGCGUCCAGUGCUCCAAACAAGUCAAGUGAUGCAUCCUCUGGGCCUAUCAUUGGCGGAGUGAUUGGUGGCGUGGCUGCCCUCGUUUUGUUGGUUGCGCUGUUGGUGGUCCUUCGGCGUCGUCGCUCACCCAAGACUCUGGCGGCCUCCAAGCUACGCAAGUCACAAUCCGGCACCGAACCGACUGACCAAUCUGUUGAACACACCGGCACCGUGCUCAACGCUUUGCAUCCCAGCUACGCCGACGUCUCGUCUGCUCGUCCAGUCUAUGACUCGUUGACUCCGAAUCCAACCUACAGCAGCCACGCCUUGUACGAACCAGUCGGCUCAACACCCCUGGCUUCUGCACCGGAACAGGUGUAUGCGGAAGCAUCUGUGUCUGUGUCCGAUGAAAAGCCAACGUCGAGCGGCGGUGUCGAGUACGUCGACCCUUCGCUGCCCAAUCACUUGUAUGUGAGCGCGCCGCCCGCGUCCUCUCCAACCAGUUACGCGACGAUCGAUGUUACAGCUUCCAAGCAGAUCGGAAAUGUUGACUACGCGUCGAUUGCAAACUAGCAAACGAACAAACUAGAGUUGCUGGUUUGUGCUGCCUGACUGUUUUUUUUUUGUUUCCUGUUUUUGUCUUGCCAUCCUCGUGCAUUUUCACUGUGAUAUCCACUUGUUCCAGUACCUAAUUCAAC